GGUCGUCGACGACGUCCGUUUCGCAGAGCGGGCGCCAAAACGCGUAUACAUAUCGCAUGUGUCUCAUCAUCAUCAUCAUUUUUUUGGGCCUUUUUUUAAUUGACUGAAAGAAAAAAUCGCAGCGCAUAUAUAAAAUCCUCGUAACUCACAAUAUAUAAUAUCAUAAUAAAUCGAGACCAAAAAUUGUGAAGAAAUAAUAUUAUUUUUUUUAUAUUACUAAAUAGUGUAAAAAUUCCCUGUUUGUCAUUUUUUGACCCCGCGUGUCAAUUAUGAGUUUUUUUAAUAUAGGAACGAUGUGUCAAAUUUUGUUCAUUAAUACAAGUCCAACAAUGCAUGAUUUUAAAACAGGUGAGGACGUUUGAAGCACGCGGACCAGAAGUGUAAACUUGGAAAAAAACUACUCAUCAAUUUUGAGGCAAGACUGAAAACUGGCAAGACGUAAGAAAAAUAGAAACUCGCAAACUACUCAACGAAGAAAGAGAUAAGAAUCGUGGAACAUAAUCUGGAAGACUUGUGCAGAAAAGGAUCAUCAAGGGCGAUUAAAAAAACUUGAGAGACAAGUGCCAUCAGUGAAGCCAACAACUCAAGUGUGACACACUCGGGAUGCGGUGAUGGCUCUUUUGUAUAGAUUCGCGCAGCUACCAGAUCGCGGUGGCACGCGAGUCUUUUCCUUUGUUGUGACAAGAAGUGUCGUCCGUGAUCCCGAAAGGGAUGUCACUAGCAAAGAGCUGGUCUGUGGCUUUCAGAGAUGGGCCGUUGCAUUUUCUCGCGGAGACAAGGUUCUUGGAGUUUAUUUAGUUUGGCGUGGCGCAGCGCCGGGUCUUCGUGUCUACGUGGAUUUUGCAUUCACAAUUCUAAAUCGUCAACAUUUCUCCGAGAAUGAGGGAUUUUCUGGCAAGAGGGUGAAAUUCACUUAUGACGCGCCAGCCCAGGGUAAUCGCAAUUACAUUGCCGUCGCUGAUCUCUACAGUCGUAAAUUUGCCGAUCCGAAUGGCGAAUUUCAAUUGGAAUUGUCCAUGGCAAACGUCAGGACUGUCUACACAGCGGAGGUUAAGCUUCCAACAGGUGUGUUUGUUGGUCAGCCAAAAAGCACAAAACUCGAAACAGGCUAUUUUACAUUUGGUGGAUUCGACUGGAAUUUGGUGAUUUAUCCCUACGGGAAUAAAGAGAGUGAAUCACGUUCAUCACAAGAGAACAGAUUGAGCGUCUAUCUUGUGAGACUAACUGGCUUUGAUCAUCGAUGUCGAGUUAUAUAUAGUGUAACAUUGGGCGAGGGUGAACGGGCAAUCGAAUCGGGGCAAAUAGAAGAUCUCUCCGAUGCUGAGGGUCGUGGAUUUGGAUGGCAUCCACGUGUUCGUUGGUCCGAUAUUCAGCAUAAAGGUGCAUUACGUGUAUCAUUAGAAAUGGUUGAAGCAAGGACAAUUUCUGAAAUCGCCGUACAAGCAUUAGGCUCAUCUACUCUACCAGCGUCACCAUGCUACGAUCGGGAUAAACAAGCCUGGACAAUUAGAGCAGAUCUUCAUUCCGAUACUGUUAGAUUACAUCUCGUCUACAAGGACAUCCACAAUGUUCCACGAAAUCAUUUAAGAUACGUGAGCUGGUCGGCAUACAUGAUGAGAGGUGACGAGCAAGAUCCGGAAGCAAUAAGUUUACCGGGUGCCCCUUUUAGUCGAUAUUACGCGCAGGAACCAGCUGACGAGGGGAUCAUUAUGGAGACGAGUCUCGGUGUCAAUGAAGUUAAGGAUGAACAUUGUCCUUUUGUAACGGACAAGGGUCAAAUUCGUAUCCGAUUAGAAUGGAAUGAGAGUCACCUUUUAUUUCAAGCGACUUAUCAUAAAUACGAUGAUGUUUGUCGUGUGCAUAAUCAACAAAUGCGUCGUGAAAUUGCCACACUACAAGCGGAGAACUAUCAUCUUGAGAGGGAAUUAUUUACAUAUCAAAAGAGUCUUGCAUUUGCGCAACAACAAAAUCAACAAACACAACAAACACCACAUUCAGGACAUCUUGAACGUUCAGCCUCGUCUGACACAGAAUACGCCUGA